UAAACCACGACUCGAACAGUCAGCUCCAUCGCAGGACGCGGGCUAAACUAUCUAUUUAAACCCCGCCGCUUUUUACACCUGACACAUUUGUGCUGACGAUUAAAAUCGAGCGGUUUCUCAUUACGCUCUUCAUGUGAGAGACCCGCCGGGGAUUGAGACGUGCCCUUUGUGUUUUACAGUCGAGCGGAUGAGCGCUUCCGCUUUGGCUGUAGCCGUGCUGUCACAGCGGGAUGAUGAACAUCCAGAAAUGUAGCCCUUUAUUUCAGAAACCAAGAAGGCGGACGAGGAUUAUACAAUGUAUCUAUGUGGUGGGCUUCAUGGACUUGUUUGGGGUGAGCAUGAUCAUCCCGCUGCUGAGUCAUCAUGUGAAAGCUCUUGGCGCAAGUCCCACUGUGGCUGGUAUUGUAGGAUCUACGUAUGGGAUCUUACAGCUCUUCUCAAGCACACUAGUUGGCAGCUGGAGUGAUGUGGUGGGAAGGCGCUACUCUCUGCUGACCUGCCUGCUGCUGAGCACUCUCGGCUACGGCCUGCUCGGAAUGUCCACCAGCAUUGCUUUGUUUGUCUUUGCACGGAUUCCUGUGGGGCUCUUCAAGCACUCCCUGUCCAUCUGCAGAGCCCUGCUGUCUGACCUGGUGUCUGAGUCAGAGCGCCCUCUGGUAAUGGGACACUUUAAUGCAGCGUCCAGUGUUGGCUUCAUCCUGGGCCCUGUGGUGGGGGGCUACCUCACGGAGCAUGAAGGUGGUUUUUAUACCUCCUCCUUUACCUGUGCAGUCAUCUUCCUUACCAAUGCAGGGCUUGUAUGGAUGCUACCAUGGAGUGAGACGCUAAUUCACCGUAAUGACACCAACUCAAGCAGUGACACAAGUAAAGGUUGUAAUGAGAACAACUACCAUAAGCCGGUUUGCAAUGGCUCUAAUGAAAGUACUCACCCCCCAGUGUUGGCAGCAGACACUGACCCAGGAUCCAUAGCUCCAGGGAAGCACGUAGGUGGUCUCAGGUGGAGGGAGGUGUCUCUGCUCCAGCCUGCCUGGAGACAGCUGUCUUCAGUGGGCUCCAAGAUCCACAUGGUGGCCUCCUCUGACAUGUGGGACCUUUUCCUAGUGCGUCUUCUGAUGGCUAUAGCUAUCAUGCUUUACUAUAGUAACUUCUCCCUGGCGAUGGAGGAGCGUUUCUCACUUAAACCAAAGGUGACGGGUUAUCUGAUCAGUUACAGCAGCACCUUAGGGGCCCUGGCUGGGUUCCUGGUGGGGCCCGUCACCCAGCUGUAUGGGAACAACAUGCCUGCUCUUCUGCUUCACUCCACAGUUCUUACCGGUUUGCUCAUUUUCCUGUACGCUGCAGCUCCCAGUGUGUCACAGGUACUGCUUACCUCCACCUUCUUUGCCAUUUCCACCACUAUUGGACGGACAUGUAUCACAGACCUGGAGCUGCAGAGAGGAGGGGUCCAGGCCAGUGGGACUCUGAUUGGAGCCGGGCAGUCAGUUACAGCCGUUGGACGAGUCCUGGCCCCUCUGCUCUCUGGUCUUGCCCAGGAGUUCAGCCCUUGUGGUCCCCCCUACUUGGGAGUUGUCUUAGCUUUUGCGGCUGUAUGUUUACUACUCAUCAGGAUCCCCAAAUGGGACGGGAGGGGGAAAACAAAAAGCCAAACUGAGUAAUUGAUAUAAUUUACAAAUCAAUGCUAAUCUUCCACACAACAAAGUGCUCUUAUUUGUAGAAGGCCAACUAUGAAGAUUAACAGCAGACUCAUAGUGGGAACAAAAUGUCUGCCCAGUGCCAAUCUGUAGAUGUGAGGACAGGGUCAAAAUGGCUCAUCACCACCAGCACUGCAGCCAUACUGUGAGGAAGAGCAGUCUCAAAACUAAUGCCCUCAUUGAUGUGAAUUCGGGGCUGACAAUAUAAUCUGCUUCCCCGUGCUGAAGUUUGAUCAGACAAAAACAUAAGGGUCUUGUGAUGGCACAUAUUGUACUACUUGCAAACAAUGCACACUGUGAUGAAAUCUUCUAACCACUAUAUUGUCCAAAGUCCCUGCAGUUACUGAUACACUACAAGUUAAAAUAAUUUCUAAUGCUUCACCAAAAUACAAGACAAAGAUGACCCUCCUUUUGCAUUCCAAGCAGUAAUGUUUCACACAUUCAUAAAUGAGCUGACCCGGUAGUUGCUUUGGGGAAAUCAGGCUGCCUGACCACCCCAAGGUAGAUUACACUGUUGUAGUUUACAAAUAGCCUAGACAUAAUUAGUUUAACACAUAGUACCUCAAUCCCAGUUGUUUUUUCAACUGCAUCCAAAAUGGUGAGGAAAUGUUUUUGUUUCUGACUCUUGAAUUUUAUAGUUAGAGAGAUGCGUUCAUUUAUUUAAGAAUAUGUUUAAAUGGAGAUUUUAAGAAAUUAAGUUUUUGGAUUUGUUUAGUUUCUGACCACUACUUGUAAAAGAACUUAACAAAUACCCCUUUGAGGUUGAGGAACAUUUUAUUCAUUUACGCAAAGAUGUCAGUGACCCAUGAAGUGAUUGGCAGAUUCAUGCCAAAAGUCACCUUGCAGGAAUAAACAAGGUUUUGUAUG